AUGGUUUUGGAGAUGGAGGCUUUGGCUCGAUAUAGAGAAAUUGUUCCUCAUCUUCGUCUUUCCGGUCCUACAUCAUUUUCUCCAAUAAUUGAAAUGGCCACAACCAUUGUUGAGCAAAGCGGUGGCCAAUACCAUGUUUUAGUAAUAAUCGCCGAUGGACAAGUCACACGAAGUGUUAACACUGAAUUUGGUCAAUUAAGUACCCAAGAGCAGAUGACUGUAGAUGCUAUUGUGCAAGCCAGUGAAUUUCCUUUGUCUAUAAUUCUGGUCGGAGUUGGAGAUGGUCCUUGGGACAUGAUGAAUGAAUUUGAUGACAACAUUCCUGCUAGAUCUUUUGACAAUUUCCAGUUUGUCAACUUCACUGGAAUCAUGUCAAAAAAGAUCAGUCAAAGCAACAAGGAGACAGAGUUUGCCCUUUCAGCACUCAUGGAAAUACCUUUGCAGUACAAAGCAACAUUACAGCUUGGAAUACUGGGGCGUCGACUUGCAAAGUCUCCAGAGCAAGUUCCACUUCCUCCUCCUUUCGCAAGUUAUAAUACCACCUCAAGAGCAGCACCAUCUUGGGCAAAUAACUUCCAAAGUGUGCCUUCUAAUCUUAGGGAGGAGGCAACUUUAGAUUCAACAAUCACACCGUCAGUUACACCCCCACCAGCUGCAGAUGCUAGAGCAUCGGAACUCCAAUUCUGCCCAGUUUGCCUUGCCAAACCCCGGGACAUGGCAUUUGGUUGUGGUCAUCAGACUUGUUCAGGGUGUGGACCGCAGGUCGCGGACUGCCCCAUCUGUCGAAGGCCAAUUGAUACAAGAGUAAAACUAUACUAA